AACGAACUCACUGUAACUGCUCUAUCCUGUACCGCAACUAACCAGCAUAUCCCGUCAGCCUACCACAAAAACGGCAAGCCAUGCUGCUCGCCACCGCCCUCCUUCUCCCUCUCGCACUUGCAAUCACGCCCCCUCCACAGACAUUCGUCAACACAGCUAUCGCACGCACAGUCGAGCUCGGAGGCGCGACAGCUCAAGUCACAACACAAUAUAACAUCAAGGCAACGGUAGAUGAGCCAGGAGAGUACCAUCUCGCUUUGAGUGGGGACGGGGAUGAGAUCCCUGCUUGGUGGGAGGUCGCGAUUGGCGGAAAGGCGGUAGAGGGCGUAAGGAUUAUUGAUGACAGCCCACCAACGGUCUCUGUUCCCCUUGGCCACCUGAAGAAUGGAGAUACCACUACCUUGUCCCUCACACACGUGCUCACUCAUAUGAGCAAGCCUCUCCCAGCCGAGAUCGACCAGAGGGAAGCGCAGUACCUCCUCUUCACCACCAACUCUACGUAUGUCGACAGCUGGUACCCCACAGACGUCGAGCGUGUAAAGUACCGCGCUCCUCACAUCAUCCUCUCUCACACGUCUGUUCCCGACACCUAUACCCACGACUCGACCGUUACCAAGGCCGGCUCAUCCCUUACUCUUGGACCCUUCCACUCUCUUCCUGCCACUCUUAAUAAACAUGAGUUUGAGCAACAGCCUCUUUCGGUGCAUUAUGAGAGCAAGCAACCUGUGAUUGGUCUUAAAAGUUUGAAGCGUAGCGCUGAAGUGAGCCACUGGGGUGCCAACUUGAACAUUCAAGAUGAGAUGUCAUUGGUGAAUGCUGGGCCCAGGCUUAAGGGUCAUUUCUCUCGGCUUGCCCAUCAGCAAUCCCGAUUCCACGCGUCUACCCCGCCCCAGGUUCUCACAGAGCUUCCUCUCCGUAUUCCUGCUACCGCCCAUUCUGCCUACUAUUACGAUACCAUUGGCAAUGUCUCCACUUCUCAUUUCCGCCCUGGUAGCAUACUCACCCAAAAGGUCAAGACUUCCAAGGCCAGAACCAGCCCCAAGACUGUAGAUGGACUUUUGGAAUUGAGGCCUCGGUAUCCUCUGUUGGGUGGGUGGAACUAUAGCUUUGUAGUUGGGUAUGAUAUGCCUCUUGAGGAUGUCCUCAAGAGCGAUCAGGCCAAUGGGAAAAAUGUCCUGGCUGUGCCGUUCAUGACAGGUAUCAAGGACGUUGUCGUUGACGAUGCCGAAUUGAAGAUCAUUUUGCCCGAAGGAGCCAAGGACGUCGAGGUUUACACUCCUUUCGCAGUUGACAGCAUUGAACACUCAAUCCACAAGACGUAUCUCGACACCACCGGUCGAUACGCCGUCACCCUCAGAAAGGCGCGAUGCACUGAAGAUCAUGCCAAGACUGUUUAUGUCACAUAUUCUUACCCCUUCUCGGCUUUGAUGCAAAAGCCUCUGACUGUGGCGUCCGUGGUCGGGGGUCUCUUCUUGUUAGCUAUGGGGUUGAGAAGAGUGAACUAUAGUAUUGACAAGCAGUAGAUGGAAAACAAUGCAUAUAUGCCCGACUAAUAGAAUAGGGACCAGC